AUGACUCACUUGCAGGCUGGCUUGUCCCCAGAAACCCUGGAGAAAGCCAAGGUGGAGCUGAAAGAGAAUCCAGACACUCUCCACCAGGACAUACAGGAAGUAAGGGACAUGAUCAUCACUCGUCCAGAUAUUGGCUUUCUCAGGACAGAUGAUCCUUUUAUCCUACGGUUUCUCAGAGCACGGAAGUUUAACCAUUUCGAGGCGUUUCGGUUGUUGGCUCAGUACUUUGAAUACCGGCAGCAGAACUUGGAUAUGUUUAAAAACCUCAAACCGACGGACCCAGGCAUCAAGCAGGCUCUCAAAGACGGGUUUCCAGGAGUGUUAUUGAACUUGGACAGAUUCGGUAGAAAAAUACUUGUUCUGUUCGCGGCGAAUUGGGACCAGAGCAGGUACACGUUUGUGGACAUCCUGAGAGCCAUCCUGCUGUCCCUGGAAUCCAUGAUAGAGGACCCAGAGCUGCAGGUCAACGGCUUCGUCCUGAUCAUUGACUGGAGCAACUUUACCUUCAAACAGGCCUCCAAGCUCACCCCCAGUAUGCUGAGGUUGGCCAUAGAAGGACUACAGGACAGCUUCCCAGCCAGGUUCGGAGGCAUCCAUUUUGUGAACCAGCCGUGGUACAUCCAUGCCCUGUACACGGUCAUACGACCCUUCCUCAAGGACAAGACGAGAAAACGGAUCUUCAUGCACGGAAACAACCUGAACAGCCUCCACCAGCUCAUCCACCCUGAGAUCCUGCCCUCGGAGUUGGGGGGCAUGCUGCCCCCCUAUGACAUGGGCACGUGGGCGCGCACGCUACUGGAGCAUGCCUACGACGAGGACACGGACUACUGCCCCGAGUCCUACACCCUGUCGGCCCAGGACCUGGAGAGAGACCUGGAGAAGGACCUCUCCCCCAAGACCAUGAAGAGGUCUCAGUCGGUGGUAGAACCAGGAGUUCUAAAAAGAACAGACAAGGUGAAGAGUGAAGAGGAAAACAUGCAGCCUCUGCUGUCUCUGGACUGAAGGGCUCCCAAACACACAUAAACACACACACACACAUACAUAUAUGAACACACACAUACCCACUUACAGUAGAUGCAUACCUACAUAAAUGCAUACCCACAUAUAUGCACACACACACACACCCCUGCGCACACACUGAAAAUAUUUGCCCUCAGACUGUGAUUAGAGGGCACUGUGGGGGCAAGCACUAGCAGACACCUCAAAGACAAACUCAUGGAGGGAGAGAGGCGGGAAACCUGGAUGAGAUCUGGAGAGAGCGGCCAUCUUGACAACACUGCAUUUUCCAGAUCAGACGAGAUUAAAGAACAGCAACAGUACAGUCUGAGGUCAUCCGUUAUGUAAUUAUGAUUGUCAAGUGCCAAUUCUGAACUGUACAGUUACUACUCUUUUAUUGUGAAGUCUCCAAAAGAGGACAAGUUGGUGGAGGGUCUCCUCUAAUGGGAGUUGUGGAUGUUCUGCUACUCGUGACGUGUGUCUGUGCAGGGAGAGACAGAGUAGCACACAACAGGGAGGUACAGGAGGUACCUAGAGGACAUCCUACUUCAUUGGGACUGGGAACCGUUUGGUCGAGGGGGGGACUGGGAUAAUGGGGGUGGGGGCAUGCGAUGGGAUGGGAUGGGAGCGUCGACACGCUAUUUAAGAAUGUUUCAAUCUUGCAAGCGCAGCUCAGGAUUAGUUUAAUGACAAGCUUCGUCUUCAAACAGGAAGGAUAGAAACUGGGAGGCAGGACGGGGGUGGAGAUGGUGUUGCUAACUGGAUUCAGAGCAGGUGUUCAGGGUUCUCCCAACUAAAGCAAACUCCCCUUUACUUAAAAAAAAAAAAACAUAAAAAAACAAGCUAGAUGAGUUUGAUGUGCUUUUGCAAAGCCAUUUGGGUGGUUCUGUGUUCAUAGUUAGGUCUCUCACUCUGUUCUUUCAAACAGUAGAAACGUGUUGCGGGUGAAUAUUUGAUAUAUACAACACUGUAAUAUGUGCCACUCACAGCUUAUUCAAUCUGAGAACAUUUACAUUGGUAAAACAACCAAACAAACUUCCUAUC